CACAACGGGUACCGUGCCGCUCCUGGUGUGAGGAAGUCCUCAACAUGGCUGAUGACCGGACGAAGACUCUGUUUCCUACCUGUGACCUGUUUCCGUCACCACCACACGUCUGUUGGAACCCUAUACCAGAGAAGAAUUAUGGCGAAAAUUGCUACCAUGGUAGCGGCAUAAACUACCGCGGCACAUGGAGUAAAACUGCUUCCGGGGCAGAUUGUGUGGAGUGGUCCGUUGCAAAUGUGACUGGCUACCCCUGGGCUAACAUAGAGAACAACUACUGCCGAAACCCUUACAGGCUUGCGCGGCCAUUUUGUAAGGUGGAAAAUGGUAGCGACGAGGAGUGUGACGUCAUCCCGUGCAAUAUAGCUGUUUGCUUGGACAUGGGCCCUCCAGACCACGGCAGUAGAAGCCCUACCAAGAGGUUCUACAACGUGGGAGAAAAGGUCAAGUACACCUGCGACGAAGGUUACACCCUGGACUCCAGACAUACCAGCAGAGUCAGGUGCUUCGAAGGAGGCAUCUGGCAAUAUGACAAACCCAGCUGUUCAGUGGAUAUAAAAGGUACACUGCAAGAUGACCUACUCGACGGAUACAGUCCAAACCAGGCGCCAGAUGCUGAGACUAAGAACCGCACACUUGUCAUCUUCAGUGGUAAUGUGGAACAGAUCACCGACCUGGACGAAAAGAAGGAGCUUCUAGUUGCAUCCCUAGUCAUUGAAUUCACCUGGCAGGACAGCCGACUGAAGUGGAAAUCGCAGUACUACGGGAACACCAAGAUCCUCAGCGUCCCGGGCAGCAGCAUCUGGACCCCUACACUUACUCUGAAGAGGAAUGCCGAUCCUUUAUACAAAUUACCUAAGGACGUACCGAUCCUGAUCAGCACCGAUGGUACGGUAACAUGGAGGGUGGAGACUCUGACCAGCACCAUCUGCAAUGCAGACCCGUUCCUCUUCCCUGCCGACACCAUGGAGUGUCACAUCUGUUUCUCCAUAUCUGCAAUUGAGCAAACCAUCGAAUGUGGAGGGGGCAAUGCCUGUGGCGUGUGGUCGCCCCCACAACAGGAGGGCGAAUGGAAUCGGAAGGACAAAAUAUUCGCUGAAGGCAACAAGACGGCGUGCUUUACUGUUCAUCUGGAGAGGAUCCCCCUGUUCCACAUCGCCACGACUGUUGGUCCUUGCGUCAUCCUGGUGGUGCUGAUGACCAUCACCUUCGUCAUGCCCAUAGACAAGGGAGACCGGAUAUCCUUCGGAGUGACCAUUCAGCUCUCCAUGGUCGUGUCUCUCGUGUUUGUCACGGAGGUACUUCCUGUGAAAGGAGCACUGCCAUUUUUCGCCACGCUGAUCGUCGUGUGCAUGGGGCUAAUGGGACUUUUCCUGUUCUUCACCAUGUACAUCAUCAGCCUCCACGACAAGGAGGGGAGCCUGUCUCCAAUAGCGAAGACUUUCUUUCUCCGCUACAUGGCAAGGUUCCUGCUGCUCGGAGACCUCACAGAGAAGGAGGCUGCGAGCGGGGAUGGAGAGGCUAGUCUGACUGGCGGGAAGCUGGCCUGGCCUAAGGGAACCUACCGCGUCAUCUCUGCCGAUGGCGUGGCGAAGGUUGACGGAGAGGAGAUCACAGAUAAUGUCGACGAAGACGUGGUGGAGAGCGACGGAACGACCCCGGCUGAUGUCUCCGAUGACGUGGUGAGGGUUGACGUAGAGGCGCCAGCUGAUGUCUCCGAUGACGUAGCGGAGGCUGACGUAGAGACCCCAGCUGAUGUCUCCGAUGACGUGGCUGAGGUCGACGUAGAGACCCCGGCUGAUAUCUCCGAUGACGUAGCGGAGGCUGACGUAGAGACCCCAGCUGAUGUAUCCAACACCACCGGCGACAUCCCUGCUGAUGACGUGACGGAGUCCAACAAAGAGUCAGCCGCCGCUGUCUCCAAAAGAACCCGUCAGCCGUCCGGACCGCCCACCCGCCUGGAGGCCGCCGUGGAAGAGCAGACCUCCUGCCUGCGUGACCUUAUCCGACAGAACGAGCAGCAGACGAAGGAGCUGAUUCACAUCUUUAAGGAGCAGGCGAUGAAGACCGAGCAACAGUUUGAGGAGCUGACCAAGGCGGUGAAGAAUGAGCCGGAGGUGUCCGAUUACACCCUGCUGACCCAGGUGCUGGACAGGCUGUGCCUUGUCCUGUACGUCAUCAGCGUUGUCGUGGCCGUGCCCAUGACCAUGAGUCUGGGCAAGUAAAGAGAGAGAUCAGACACAGGGUAUCUGUGAAUAUGCCCGAGCACAAUCACAGCCUAACUUCAUUGCUAUAUUUCAAUCCAUGUAUAUUUCAAUCCAUAUAUACAUGGAUUGAUAUAUAUCAUGUUUUGAUAUUUCAAUCCAUACAUGGAUUGAAAUAUAUUGUCUUUUGUUGAAUUUUGUUGCCUUUUUUAUAUUUUCCAAUUUUUGGACUGAAAAUGUAUAGAUUGGCUCUUAUGCCUUUGUAUUAAAACCCAAUUACCUGUAAUUUGG